ACACCGUACCAACCGAAACGAACGAUUUGUCGCUGCUUGUGAAUGUGGGCACUACCGAGAUACGGUAGCACAAAAGUGCACCACCUCAAGAAGCUCCAUUAUCAGUAAGUAGGAACGUACGGUGGCGAUACGGCGCGCGGAACUUGGCUACUGCGCGCGCGAUUGUUUUAAACCGAUCUUCGACUCGGAUCGUCCGGUAGAAAACAGUCCAUUUUCGACGGUGGAAGGCACAGGAUUAGCAUCAGGAUUCCUCGCCAUCAGCCAACAGCUGUGAUUGGAUCCGUGCGAGGUCGAAGAUAAAUAAACAUCAGAGGCGUAACGAUAAGUGAAACACGUGUCUAAAGUGCAGUGUGUAAAUUUGACUUGAACUUAGCCAUCACACCGGUGCCCCGGCGCGGAGUAGAAUCCAUUACGAGACAGGUGGAUCAUCAUGAAGAAAUCAACGUUGGAUAGCAUAGCCAUUCUGCUGGCUGAACUGAUCGGCACUGGCCUGCUGGUGAUGCUGGGAUGCAUGGGUUGUGUGUCCGGACUGGGUCAUGUACCGUCCCACUUCGAGCUGUGCAUAAACUUUGGCCUGGUGGUUAUGAUCAUCGUACAGGUGUUCGGAUGCGUUUCCGGAGCACAUCUCAACCCAUCGGUCACAGUUGCCGCCUGGGUUUAUGAAAUGGUCUCGACAAAGAUGGCGCUCGGCUACGUCGUAGCCCAGAUCAUCGGGGCCUUCAUGGGUUUCGGUGCAUUGAAGCUACUAACUCCCGGCGAUGUGUUUUCAAAUGCGCUGGAAAACGGAGCAGGUUUCUGCGUGACUUCACCCAAUCCCAGAAUCACCUUGGCUCAAGCAGUUGGAAUUGAGUAUCUGGCAACCGGAGUGCUGGUGCUGGUCUGUUGUGGCGUCUGGGAUCCUCGCAAUGCCAAGCAUCAUGAUUCGGUUGCUCUGAAGUUCGGUUUCACCAUCGGUUGUCUGGCCGUUGCAGCCGGUCCCUACACCGGUGCCAGCAUGAACCCGGCUCGUUCCCUCGGACCCGUUCUAUGGAACGGUGACUGGACCGCCCACUGGGUGUACUGGGUCGGACCACUGACGGCCGCCUUCAGCAUUGCCUUCCUGUACAAAGCCGUGUUCCGACGUGAAGUGCCGCAGCUAACCGGCUCGCCCAGUGAGCUUACCGCGCUGAACACCGAGAAAUGAAUCUGUUCGGUUUUGGCUUUACGUUUCUAUGCGAAGCACGGAACAUCAACCAAUGCCAAAAUCGUUUUAAAAAAAAGUAACUGCAUUUGAAUAGUACUAGUGCCGUUCCGGGGCUCAAAUGAACUGGCUUACAAUACUACUAGUAGGAAGAGAUAAUCAUAAUUAAAAUUGAAAUUAUUUUUAGAUUCACUUGAAUCAGUGAAUAGAAAAUCACUUCUCUGUUAUAAGUUACAUGAAGAUUGCGAUUAAUUGCAAAAUAAAGAUAUUAUCUGUUUAUAAAUAACCUCUAGAAUAA